AUGUCUAAACUGACUGAUAUGGAUACAAUUAGCCCUUUUGACCACAUGUCCCCUAAGAGAAAAUCACAUGGUUCCACAAUAGAUAUCCAUGUGGAAUAUGACCGGAAGGAUUCCGCCACAUCAGGCACAACAUCCGCUUCGUCUCCAAGAAUGAGCCCUUGUUCCGUGGAAUCGGGGUCGCCGUACCUUCUGAGAAAAGUCAGUGGAGACAGACGGUCAGUCCGCCCCGGUGCCCCUUCAGAGCCGAACGAGUAUAAUUUCAAUUACCACAAACGGGGCCUUUUUCUGAUCAUCAACAACAAGAACUUCCAUCCCUCUACUGGACAAAUGACCCGGGAAGGAACAAACGUUGAUGCCGAACGUCUAGAAGAAAGAUUCCAGGAUUUGGGGUUUGAAGUGAGGCGGUACAAUGAUGUAGCAAGCGCCAAGAUUACUCAGAUCAUGUACGAUGCCUCGGAAUACGACCACUCCGACUGUGACUGUUUCGGCUGUGCCAUCCUUAGCCAUGGUAUCGAGGGACGUAUCUACGCCACGGAUGGCAUACUGCCACUGGAGAUGCUUAUUGUCCCCUUUAAGGGUGAGCGCUGUCCCUCACUUGUCGGCAAGCCCAAACUCUUCUUCCUACAGGCAUGCCGUGGAAUAACCAAUGAAGCGUCCCUCGACCUCACCGACAGCGUGUCUGACAGAAGUGGCUACUCCGAAGAUUUCGAAUCCUGCAUCCACCCGCUGAGAAAAAUACCUGUGGAGGCAGACUUCUUGUUUUCUUACUCUACUGUCCCAGGUUGUUACUCGUGGAGGAAUAAUCAGGAUGGUUCAUGGUUCAUACAGGCCUUGUGUAUUGUCCUGGAAAAUUAUGGACCUAAAAUGGAGCUUCUACACAUGCUUACCCAAGUGAACCGAAUAGUGACUUACGAAUUUGAAUCUUGUACUGACGAAGAAUUCACGGAGAACAUUAAACAGAUGCCUUGUAUUGUGUCUAUGUUGACUAGAUAUGUCUACUUCCGGCCCAAGAAGCCGGACAUCCGGGAUUAA